AUGCUGAUUUUUGCGGACGAUUUGGAGUCGCCAGAGCAACGAGAACUGGACCCGAAAGAUGGCUCAAGCGGGUCGCACUACAGCAAAGAGAUGGAACAGGGACUUGGUAGAUUGGGCUUUGCAGCUAAUGCUUUGACUCGGGAGAGACUCUUCUUGGGGCCAUUGUAUGCAUGGUCAGCAGCAAUUCGAUCAAAGAAAGGCCUCCUGAGGAUACCAGCGAUGCUCCGCACAAUCUUUUGGUUUUUGGCAGAAAGAACUCGGGAUGGGGGCAGCUUACAAGAGCCUACACCCAUCAGAAAGGAGGAGGAGGCGGAUCUGGUUUUCUUUACGGAUGCAAAGGCUACGGAACAAGGUGCUUGGAUAGGAGGUUUCUUGCAGUCAAAGGACGGUAGCAUAAUUUCGUGGUUCUCAGAAGAGAAAGGUGGAAAGGGCCGGUGUUGGGUGAGAGCCGGAACAGAUAACCAAGGAAAUUCCUAUGCAGUCAGCGGGUUGAUGAGCACAAAGUACCCUCUCACGGUGCUGAUUAUGGAACUCUCGGAGACCCUUCGUGCCCGAAACUGCGAACUAGAUCUUCAAUGGAUUCCACGAGAACAGAAUCAACUUGCGGACGAUUUGACAAAUCAGGUUUUCACGAAAUUUCCCUUGGAUUGCCGUGUGCAGUUUGUUGGUGGGGACACUAAAUGGAUAGUCCUCGAAAAGCUUAUGGAAAAGGCCAAAGAGUUUCACUUGGAGCUGGCUACGGAAAAGAAACGUAAAGUUUCUGAGCCAGCAAAAGAAAGGAAGGUGAAAAAACAGAAGCUUUUGGAACCGUGGUGA